AUGGCUGCGUCUCACAACUGUGUUCUGCAUGUAUUUGUAAAUGUGAUGUCGCAGCUGCUUUCUGAUUUUUCAGAUCAGUGCUGUGAUCUUGGCUACCACGCAAGUCUGAACAGAGCCCUUAGGACAUACCUCUCUGCGGAGUAUAACCUUGAAACCUCGAGACAUGAAGGCUUAGACAUUAUUGAGAACGCAGUCGACAAUUUAGAGCCCAGGAAUGAUAAGCAGAGGUUCAUGGAGAUGUACCCAGCUGCAUUCUGCCCGCCAGUGAAGUUUGAGUUUCAGUCUCACAUGGGCGAUGAGGUGUGCCAGGUCAGCGCCCAGCAGCCGGUCCAGGCGGAGCUUAUGCUCAGGUAUCAGCAACUGCAGUCCCGUCUCGCCACGCUCAAGAUCGAGAAUGAGGAGGUAAAGAAGACGACAGAAGCCACGUUGCAGACGAUCCAGGACAUGGUCACCAUUGAGGACUAUGACGUGUCCGAGUGCUUCCAGCACAGCCGCUCCACGGAGUCCGUGAAGUCCACGGUCUCCGAAACCUACCUGAGCAAGCCCAGCAUCGCCAAGAGGCGAGCCAACCAGCAGGAGACCGAGCAGUUCUACUUCAUGAAACUCAGAGAAUACUUGGAAGGCAGCAAUCUCAUCACAAAACUUCAAGCCAAGCAUGAUCUGCUGCAGAGGACACUUGGAGAAGGUCAUAGAGCUGAAUACAUGACAACGAGGCCUCCAAAUGUUCCCCCUAAGCCCCAGAAACACAGGAAGUCCAGACCCCGCUCACAGUAUAAUGCUAAGUUGUUUAAUGGGGAUUUGGAAACAUUCGUCAAGGACUCAGGACAGGUGAUCCCCCUCAUCGUGGAGAGCUGCAUUCGGUUCAUCAACCUCUAUGGUCUUCAGCAUCAGGGGAUUUUCAGAGUGUCGGGUUCCCAGGUGGAAGUCAAUGAUAUAAAAAAUUCAUUUGAGAGAGGUGAAAAUCCUUUGGCCGAUGACCAGAGUAACCAUGAUAUUAACUCAGUUGCUGGCGUUCUGAAGCUCUAUUUCCGUGGGCUGGAAAACCCCCUCUUUCCUAAGGAAAGAUUUAAUGAUCUGAUUUCUUGUAUCAGAAUAGAUAAUCUCUAUGAGAGGGCGCUUCACAUCCGGAAACUGCUCCUGACCUUGCCCCGCUCGGUCCUUGUCGUGAUGCGGUACCUUUUUGCCUUCCUCAACCAUCUCUCCCAGUACAGCGAUGAGAACAUGAUGGACCCCUACAACCUGGCCAUUUGCUUUGGCCCCACGCUGAUGCCUGUCCCAGAGGUACAGGACCAGGUGUCCUGCCAGGCUCAUGUGAACGAGAUCGUCAAGACCAUCAUCGUCCACCACGAGACCAUCUUCCCGGACGCCAAAGAGCUGGACGGCCCCGUGUACGAGAAGUGCAUGGCUGGCGACGACUACUGUGACAGCCCGUACAGCGAGCACGGGACGCUGGAGGAAGUGGACCAGGAUGCUGGCACAGAGCCCCACACCAGCGAAGACGAGUGUGAGCCCGUGGAAGCCAUAGCCAAGUUUGACUACGUGGGGCGGUCCGCCCGAGAACUGUCCUUCAAGAAGGGUGCCUCCCUGCUUCUGUACCACCGGGCCUCCGAGGACUGGUGGGAAGGCCGGCACAAUGGGGUAGACGGGCUGGUGCCCCACCAGUACAUCGUGGUACAGGACAUGGAUGACACGUUUUCGGACACCCUGAGCCAGAAAGCUGACAGUGAGGCCAGCAGUGGGCCGGUCACUGAGGACAAGUCCUCCUCCAAGGACAUGAACUCCCCAACAGACCGACACCCUGACGGCUACUCAGCCAGACAAAGAAAACGAGGUGAGCCGCCGCCCCCGGGAAGGCGUCCCGGCAGGACCAGCGAUGGCCAUUGCCCCCUACACCCGCCGCACGCCCUUUCUAACUCCUCGGUCGACCUGGGGUCUCCCAGCCUGGCCAGUCACCCCCGGGGCCUGCUGCAGGGCCGCGGCCUCAACCACGACAGUCCCGAGAGGAGGCGCCGGCCGGGCCACGGCAGCCUGACCAACAUCAGCCGACAUGACUCCCUCAAGAAGAUCGACAGCCCGCCCAUCCGGAGGUCCACGUCGUCGGGGCAGUACACGGGCUUCAACGACCACAAGCCGCUGGACCCGGAGACGAUUGCUCAGGACAUCGAGGAGACGAUGAACACGGCCCUGAACGAGCUCCGGGAGCUGGAGAGACAGAGCACGGCCAGACACGCCCCCGAUGUGGUGCUGGACACCCUGGACCAGGGGAAGGCCGCGCCCACGCCCGCCACGCCCACGGAGGCCCUGAGCCCCCUGCACGGCGCCGCUCUCCGGGGGUCCGAGCCCCCCAUCCGCCGCAGCACCAGCUCCUCCAGUGACACCCUGAGCACCUUCAAGCCCCUGGUGGCGCCCAGGAUGGGUGUGCAGCUCAAGCCCCCAGCCCUGAGGCCGAAGCCGGCUGUCCUCCCAAAAACAAACCCCACCAUCGGGCCUGCCCCGCCUGCCCAGGGGCCCACGGACAAGUCGUGCACGAUGUAA